CGGGAGGGCGGGGAGGCGGUUUGUAUCCGGGCUGUGAGGUGCUCGGAGCUGCGGCGGACCUUGCUGCCUCUGUCUCUUUAACGCGAGAGGAAGCGAUGCAGAGGGGUGGAAAAUGGCAGAGCUGCAGAUGUUACUAGAGGAGGAGAUCCCGUCUGGCAAGAGGGCGCUCAUAGAGAGUUACCAAAAUCUGACCCGGGUGGCGGACUACUGUGAAAACAACUACAUACAGGCUACAGACAAGAGAAAAGCAUUAGAAGAGACCAAAGCAUACACAACCCAAUCUCUAGCUAGUGUUGCUUAUCAAAUAAAUGCAUUGGCCAACAAUGUACUCCAGUUGCUGGACAUCCAAGCUUCUCAGCUUCGGAGAAUGGAAUCUUCCAUCAAUCAUAUCUCACAGACUGUGGAUAUUCAUAAAGAGAAAGUGGCUCGAAGAGAAAUUGGUAUUUUGACAACAAAUAAGAACACAUCAAGAACUCACAAAAUAAUAGCACCUGCAAAUAUGGAGCGCCCUGUAAGGUAUAUUCGGAAACCCAUUGACUACACAGUUCUGGAUGAUGUGGGCCAUGGUGUCAAGUGGCUAAAAGCCAAGCAUGGAAAUAACCAGCCUGCAAGAACUGGCACACUGUCGAGAACAAAUCCUCCUACUCAGAAACCACCAAGCCCUCCUAUGUCAGGCCGGGGAACACUGGGGCGGAAUACUCCCUAUAAAACCCUGGAGCCUGUUAAACCUCCAACAGUUCCUAAUGAUUACAUGACCAGUCCUGCAAGACUUGGAAGUCAGCAUAGUCCAGGCAGGACAGCCUCUUUAAAUCAGAGACCAAGGACACACAGUGGAAGUAGUGGAGGAAGUGGAAGUCGAGAGAACAGUGGAAGCAGUAGCAUUGGCAUUCCCAUUGCUGUACCUACACCUUCUCCACCCACUGUUGGACCAGAAAGCAUUUCUGUCCCUCCUCCUCCUGGAGCUCCACCACCAGCACCUCUGCCACCGCCCCUCCCAGUGAGCACUGUGAUAGCCCCGGGCUCAGCUCCUGGUUCCCAGUAUGGCACAAUGACCAGGCAGAUUUCUCGACACAACUCUACCACUUCUUCGACAUCUUCGGGUGGAUACAGACGGACUCCCUCUGUGACUGCUCAAUUUUCUGCUCAGCCUCAUGUUAAUGGAGGUCCACUUUAUUCUCAAAAUUCAAUUUCUAUUGCUCCACCCCCUCCCCCUAUGCCUCAAUUGACUCCACAGAUACCUCUCACAGGCUUCGUGGCCAGGGUGCAGGAAAACAUUGCUGAUAGCCCAACUCCGCCACCACCACCUCCACCAGAUGACAUUCCCAUAUUUGAUGACUCUCCCCCUCCACCACCACCGCCCCCAGUGGACUAUGAAGAUGAGGAAGCUGCAGUAGUUCAGUAUAGUGACCCAUAUGCAGAUGGGGAUCCUGCCUGGGCCCCCAAGAAUUAUAUCGAAAAAGUUGUUGCAAUAUAUGAUUAUACAAAAGACAAGGAUGAUGAGCUGUCAUUUAUGGAGGGUGCAAUCAUUUACGUGAUAAAGAAGAACGAUGAUGGCUGGUAUGAAGGAGUCUGCAAUUGA